AUGAGGGCUUUCACGGUUUAUGGUUGGAUGAUGAGUUUGUUGCUGUUUCUGCUUUGCUUUUGUUAUGCGAGUUCAUACCUUGUGGAUGGGUAUACUGCUACUAGGUCCAGAGGCGGAAAUUCCUUGAUUAUUAAAUAUGAUAGGAUUAAUGAGGUGACUAAAGAAUGCUCAUCUAUUUUACCUUUUGCUUCUGAUGUGAAACCUGCUAAUGACAUUGUUUAUAACCUAAAAGAAGAGCUAUCCUUCUUGAAUGGAGAUUGGUGGCAGGAGUCAAACAAGGCUCCCUUUUUGCCCUUUGAUAACAGGGAUUUUUCGAACUAUAGCUCACCUGAUUCAGUUGUCAGUACUCCACCAGAUCUUGGAUCUCCAUCAAACUUAGUAUCUUUCUGGGUUACUGAUGUUUCCAGCUCUCAUCGCCCCCAUCAAUGGGUUGCUGUGAAUGGUGCAAUGGUGAUAGGCACCACAAUUCAGGGUUUGUUUAUGGAAAUGCCAUAUGAGGGUAGUAAUUUUGAUAUAUGGCCUGGUAAUUCUCACCAGACUAUUCUAUUUCAAGGUUUUUAUGCUGAAUCAGAUAAAAAUGGAGGAGAAAGAGUGAUGUGUUUGCUGGGGAAUGCAAAGCGGCCUUCUCGUGGCCUGGAUUCUUCUGAUCCUUGGGAAGGAAUCAUGCAAUCUGGUCGUAACAACCGGCCUUCUCUGGUUCAAGAUGAUCGUAUUCUACUUGUGCUCCGUUAUCCAAAAGCAUUUACCUUGUUAAAUAGAAGAAUCCGAGGAAGCAUGAAGAGCUUACAUCCGAAAUCUGAACCAAAAUACUUUGAUGAAGUUGGCAUGUCUUCAUGGUUGGCUGUUUCUGCAAACUAUGAAUUUGGUUCUGAAGAAAUAGUGUCCAGAGCAUGCGAUCCAUACCCUUUUAAAGAUAACCUGAUGAAUGGUGCCAUUGAUGUGUUUAAAGGGCUGGAUAUUUGUGUGGUCCUGGAGAAGUUUACUCGCCAAGAAGCGCUAAGGUUUGUGCCGAACGCAAAGUGCAACGGCUCAGAUGAAUACUGCAGUAAGUUAGGCCCCUUCAAAGUGGAUAAGGAGUUUAAUAGCUUCAGAGAUAUUAAUCUUGUUAUUCAAGAUUUCCGAUGCGCAGAAGAGUCUGUGCCGGAUGAAGAUGGCUUCAGACGGAUAUCUUCCGUAUUUAGAGCAUUUCCUUCAUCCGAGGAAAAGUUCUUUGCAUCACAAAAAUCGAAUCUUAAUAACAUGACCCUUUCUGCUGAGGGAAUCUGGAAGUCUUCCAGUGGACAGGUUUGCAUGGUUGGCUGCCUUGGAAGGCUUGAUGGUGAACGCAGUGACUGCAAUCAUCGGAUUUGCUUAUACAUUCCCCUCUCAUUCUCCUUAAAACAAAGGAGUAUCUUAGUGGGCACCAUAUCCAGUGUUGAUGAAAGCACUACAUCAUAUUUUCCUUUAACUUUCCAGAAGCUAGCUCGGCUUGGAGAGUCGUGGGAUCAGCUCCCAGGAGCUCUUCCACAUUAUAACUACUCAAAGAUCGAUGCAGCUGGUGUAAUGCUGGAGAAAAGUGAGCCCUUUAACUUCGGUGAUAUUGUCAAGCAAUCAUUACUCAAGUUCCCAAAGUUAACCAAGGCAGAGUCAGACUUUGUUAGCCAUUCUCUUCUGUCUGAAGACCUCACCCUCCACUUACUGGCCUUUCCAGAUACAUCUCCGAAGUCGUUUUUUGCAGAAAGUAAUUUCCAAUUGGAAAUUCUGACCCUUGGUCCUAUGUUUGGGAGGUCCUGGUAUCAAGAGGGGCUACCUGUCGGAGAGGAGAAGGUGAAUCCAACUGGAGACAAUGUUGAAUACUCAGAGAAACAGCUCCUCAUAAAUGUUUCUGCUCAAAUUGGUCUUACUGGAAAACUAUAUGAGAAUUUCUCGGUCAUUUUUGUGGAAGGACUGUACCAUCCAGUAGUGGGGAAAAUGUAUCUGAUUGGAUGUAGAGACGUUCAAGCUUCAUGGAAAACUCUUCAUGAAAGCAUGGACCUUGAAGAUGGAUUGGACUGUCGUGUUGAAGUAAUUGUGUCUUACCCUCCUACUACAUCCAGAUGGUUAGUGAACCCAACAGCUACAAUCUCCAUUUCUAGCCAAAGAAAUGAGGACGAUCCUCUUUAUUUCACACCAAUCAAGCUUCAAACUUCUCCAGUUAUGUACCGGAAACAAAGAGAAGAUAUCCUUUCUCGUAGAGGUGUUGAAGGGCUACUCCGCAUUCUGACACUUUCUUUGGCGAUCGCCUGCUUGUUGAGCCAAAUUUAUUACAUUAGAGCUAAUUUGGAAUCUGUCCCUUAUAUCUCGCUUGUCAUGCUUGGAAUCCAAGGUGUGGGAUAUAGCAUUCCGCUUAUAACUGGUGCAGAAGCUAUAUUUGAAAAGAUGUCUUCAGAACCUUACAGCUAUCAACCCUAUGGACUCGAGAAGAGUCAAGCGAUACGCGCUGUUGAAUACACGGUCAAGCUUCUUGUAUUAGCAGCCUUUUCAUUAACUAUGAGGCUAUGUCAAAAGGUGUGGAGAUCACGAAUCAGAUUGUUGACAAGGGCUCCUCUUGAACCACAUCGUGUGCCAAGCGACAAACGAGUACUGAUCCCGACAUCUAUCAUACAUUUCCUUGGAUAUAUCCUUGUUCUGUUUGUCCAUUACCUCAGCUCAAGCCAGUACAGGUCUUUCCAGUCUGAGAAGUACAUAGAUUCAUCAGGCCAAUCUCGAACCCUACGCGAAUGGGAGACUGAAUUGGAGGAAUAUUUAGGUCUCAUUCAAGACUUUUUCCUGCUUCCCCAGAUCAUUGGCAACUAUAUCUGGAAGUUAAAUGGCAAACCUCUCAGGAAGUUCUAUUACAUGGGAAUCACUGCAGUGAGACUGCUUCCCCAUUUGUACGACUUCCUGAAGUCUCCCAUUCCCAAUCCAUACUUCUCGAAUGAAUACGAGUUUGUCAAUCCACGACGCAAUUUCUUUUCAAAAUUUGGCGACAUUGCCAUCCCCUUCAUUGCUGCUCUUCUAGCAGUUGUAGUCUAUGUUCAGCAGCGAUGGAAUUAUGCUGAGUUAAGUCGAAGUCUUAGUGGCAGCCGGGCUUCCAAAGUGUAUGAGAGGUUGGGUUCCAAAGUUUAUGAGAGGCUGCCUUCCUUGAGUUCCAUAUCUUUUGAAGCUGAGCUGAGCUCUGGAGUUAACGAAGUUAUAGCGAAUGAGAACCGGCGUGAUCAAGACUGA